AUGAAGGGUAAAAUCAGAGGAUCUAUGUAUGAUAUGAGCAUCAUGACAGCUUUUGGUAUCAGAGGUGUGAAGGUUAUAACAUCUGAGGUAAAAGAAUGCAUUUUCAAAUUCCCUGCAAUAAAUCAAGUGCUCAUUUGCUGUGAUGGAGCAUCAAAAGGGAAUCCUGGUUGUUCUGGCUAUGGAUUUGUUGGAAGAAACAAUACUGGAGGUUAUCUUGGUGCAGUGGCUGGUGGUUUGGGUGUGGCCACAAAUUUCAUUGAUGAAGUGAUGGCUUUAAUCUGUGAAGGUGAAUGGGCUAUAAGAAGACAGUUUUUUAAUGUUUGUUUUAGCCUGGAUUCAAAGGAAGUACUGCAUGCUUUCACCUCAGGGGAAGUACCUUGGAUGGUAAUAAACGGAUGGAAAAGAAUAAUGGCAAAGCUGCACAGUUUUUCCUUCAGACAUUCUUUUAGAGAAAUAAACUUUUCCGCGGAUAAAAUGGUAAAGAGCGGUUCAUCACUCAGAAGAGGAGAAAUAAUGUUAUAUGAUGAGAAACCUGGAUUCUUGGGAGCUCUGGAAUGUGAAAAUCAAUCAUAUUUUCGGUUUUUCUAG